UCUUCCACUUAUACCUCGUCUGAGGAGUCGUUACAGACAGCCGUAUGGUGGUUGCAAGACUGCCUCAGGAACCAUGAAGCCUGCAACAGAGAAAAAGUUUCGUCACUGAAUGCCCCGUGGCAUCCCACACGGCUCUUGUAUCAUGGUGAAUCCGGUGGGAUUGUCCAACUGAUACUCACAGCAGAAAAGCCUCCUAUCGGACCUUAUACAACUUUGAGUCAUCGUUGGGGUACAGCGCAAUUCAUCAAGCUUCUUCGCUCAAAUAUAUCGGCCUUCCACAGUGGUAUAGCGGUCACAAAAUUGCCCAAAACCUUCCAAGAAGCUAUCAUUAUAUCGCGACGACUUGGCGCUCAGUACAUCUGGAUCGAUUCCCUUUGCAUAAUGCAAGACAAGGACGAUCUUUCAGACUGGCUCCAUGAAGCAGCCCUUAUGUCCAAGGUCUAUUCGCACUCAUACUGUAACAUAUCCGCCUCAGACACAGAAGAUAACUUGGAGGGACUGUUUCGAUCUCGUGACGCGCAUCAAAUUAGGCCAACAUCAGUAAAGCUAUGUGUCGAAGGUCUCCAUGCGAUAUCCAAAUACAUAGACUGCAAGGUAGAGCAUGAUGACUAUUGGAAAACUAACGUAGAAGAAUGUCUUAUCCAAAAACGAGGGUGGGUAUUCCAGGAAAGGUUGCUUGCGCCACGGGUUCUACAUUGCGGACACUAUCAGCUUUUCUGGGAAUGCCGACAAAAGACUGCAUGCGAGACGUAUCCUCAUCCGUUUCCUCAUCGUAUUCGUUAUUCAUCAUUCAAGUUCAACCUUGAUGUGGUGGUUCAACGAGAUUCCGACCCUGAUAUUAUGGACUCGUGCUCCUACAUCUGGGGGCGAUUGGUGGAAGCAUAUGCGCAAACAACAGUGACCUGUGCGACUGAUAAACUUAUCGCUAUCUCUGGUAUCGCAAAGUAUUUUUCUGGUAUAACAGGAGAUACCUACAUCGCCGGGAUGUGGCGCAAGGACCUUGAAGGGCAGCUUUUAUGGUGGUGUUUUGAUGAUGAUGAUACACGCAAAGAAGACCUACAGGUACAUUCUCGACCAUCCUGUUAUCGUGCUCCGACUUGGUCUUGGGCGUCGUUAGACAGAAGCGUCGUCUGGGACUCAGCUGCGAGAGAUAUGUUGAUUACUGUACGGGAUGUUGUCCUUACAUACGCAACAGACGACGUAACGGGGCUUGUUACCGGUGGGUGGCUAGAUUUGCAGGGUUUGCUGAAGCCCAUGAGCCUGCUGCAGGAGGACAAGACGCAAGGUGGAAAGGAAGAAAACAUUUGGAUCAUCUUAGAUGGUCAUACAGAAGCCUUUUUGUCAGACUCCACCGCAGUCAACCUCGAUAUCCCACAAUUCGACUCCUCAAAAUUCGACAUGGACAAUGCCCAACAGAGCUUAUUCUACAUGCCCGCAUGUGAUCAUGAGUAUUAUUGGUCCGUUAAAUAUCUUCUGCUGCGAGUGAUAGACCCCUCGCAAGGCUUGUUUGAGAGAAUUGGGAUU